UCGAUUGGAAGGAAAAAUUUUCACAAGUUCAGAUGGCGCUUAAAGAUGCAACUGAGGAGCAAUACACUAAAGAAGUAGUGAAAGCAUGGCUUAAUGAUUUCACACAAUUGGCAUACGACGUGGAAGAUAUUCUGGAUGAGCUGUCCACGGCCAAAGCUAAUCCGCAGCGCAUGUUGAUUAAUGAAAAUCAGGCAGGCACGAGUAAGGUACGGAAUCUUGUCACUGAUUGCUUUACCGGUUUGUCUCCAAGUACUGGCAUUGAUUUCAGGAGUGAGAUUAGAAAAAUGAAAGAGGACAUCAUUCCUCGAUUAGAUAAACUUAUGGCAGCAAAAAAUGUACUGAACUCGGAUACAAAUGUUGCAAGAACAAAGGAAACGCCUUCUACUUCUUUGGUGCCGACCACAGAUCACAUGUAUGGCAGGGACGAGGACUCAGAGGCUGUGCUUAAAUUAUUGCUCAGUGAUGCUGCUUCAACUGAAGUGAACGUGAUUUCUAUAACUGGUAUGGAGGGUAUAGGCAAGACAAGACUCGCCCAGUUUAUAUACAAUGAUGAAAAAGUUAAAAACUUUUUUAAUCUGAAAGCAUGGGUUUGUGUUUCUGAAGAUUUUGAUGUUGAGGCGAUUACAAAAACAAUAUUACUCCAUGCGCAACCUGAAAUCAACUGUGACAACAUGGAUCUAAAUCGGUUGCAACUCAAACUAAAAGAGGCAAUACGUGGGAAGAGGUUUCUAAUUGUUCUGGAUGAUGUUUGGAAUCGUAACAUUUCUCAGUGGACUCUCCUGCGUGCUCCUUUGGAAGCAAUGGCUCCAAGAAGCAGCAUUAUCAUUACAACUUGUGAUCAAGAAAUCUCAUCGCGGAUGAGUACCCUGGCCUUCAAAGUUAAACCUUACAGGUUAGGAUCAUUGUCAAAUGAUGCUUGUUUGUCUCUAUUUGCCCAACAUGCAUUUCAUUCAAGAGAUUUUAGUGCACAUCCGGAGCUUAAAGAUAUUAGUCAGCAAAUUGUAAGAAACUUUUACUGCUUGCCUCUAGCUGUAAAAGCAGUCGGAAACCUCUUGCACAAUAAGGAAGCAAGUAAGUGGGAUUUAGUUUUAAACAGAAAGAUAUGGGAUACAUUGGAGGAAAGUAGAAUUGCUUCAAUUCUUAUGUCGAUCAGUUAUCGUCAUCUCCCCUUACAUUUAAGGAGGUGCUUUGCAUACUGUUCUAUAUUCCCGGAAGGCUAUGAAUUUGAGAAGACUCAGGUGGUUCUAUUAUGGAUGGCAGAAGGUUUGAUUCAACAAAAAGAGAACAUCGAAAUGGAAGAUUUGGGUAUGGAGUAUUUUGACAGUCUGGUUUCAUGCUCACUUUUUCAACAGUCUAGCAAGGACAAAUCAAGAUUUCUAAAGCAUGAGAUCGUCAAUUAUCAUGCUAAAUUGGCAGCAGGAGAUACAUAUUUUAUAAUGCAGGAGAGAGCUGAGGGCAAUGAGCAAGAUCAGAAUAAUUUUGAAAAGGUCCGCCACAUGUCUUACUCGGGUGGCGAAUACGAUAGUUUUGAAAAGUUUGAGGUAUUUUUUAAACUCACUCAUUUACGUACCUUCUUACCUCUUAUGUGCCAUCUCCAGUCACAUGUUAUCUGGAUUUUCGUGUUCCUCUUCAACUGCACCCAAGAUUACAAAGCCUAAGGGUUCUCUCUCUAAGGGGGUACCGCAUAACUGAGCUACCUGAUUCAAUUGGUAAGUUAAAGCAUCUAAGGUACCUCGACCUUUCCGAUACUUGGAUCAGAAGUAUGCCCGAAUCAAUAACUGAUCUCUACAACUUACAAACAUUGUUGUUAGAGGAUUGUUUUUAUUUAGAUAAAUUGCCUUCGAUGUUUGGGAACCUGGUCAACCUUCGCCACCUCAAUAUUCUAGGUGCGACUAAUUUGAAAGGCAUGCCUAGGCAAAUAGGUCAAUUAAAAUUUCUCCAAACACUGUCUAAUGUGGUUAUUGGAGACGGUGGUUGCUUCGGAAUAAAAGAUCU